AUGAAGUGCCCAAGGACGAAGUAUCCAAAGAAAAAUGGCCCGAAACCCCCCCAAAGCCCAGAGGAGACGGGUACCAAUGCCGACGACUCCGACGAACUACCCAAGAAAGUAGAGGACAUGUACGGCAAGGUGGAUUGGCUGCUCAAGCAGACCGAUUACUACAACGACUGGAAUCAAGAAUACCAGUACAAUGAUAACCAGUACGACGAUGGGGGCCAGAAUGGCGUGUAUGAGGAUAAGGAGAAAGGGGACAAAGAUGAACCGUCGGAGACAGAGUGUGUGCAGGCUGAUCUUAUUCUCCAGACUACUGUCGCGUUGGAAGAGGCGAGGGCUGAAGUUGAGGACCUGCGCAAGUGA